CCUGCCGAGGCUGGGCGCUGGGGGCAGGGAAGAAAAGGAGCUGAUCUGAACGCUGAAAACAGCGUACUCCGUGCCUGCGUCUUGUGAAUGACAGUCGGGACGUGACGGAUUGAUCACAAAGGCGAAAUGUUGGGCAUGAUAAAGAACUCCCUGUUUGGGAACGUGGAGAAUUGGCCCUGGGAGGUCCUGAGCAAGGGAGGGAAGGAAGAGAUGACCUAUGAAGAAAGGGCCUGUGAAGGUGGAAAGUUUGCUACUGUGGAAGUGACCGAUAAGCCCCUUGAUGAAGCCUUAAAGGAAGCCAUGCCAAAAAUUUUGAAGUAUGUUGGAGGCUUGAAUGACAAAGGAGUUGGGAUGGGGAUGACUUCCCCUAUAUCUUUUGCUGUAUUCCCUCAUGAGGAUGGCACUCUGCAGAAGAAAAUUAAAGUCUGGUUCCGGAUUCCAAACCAAUUUCAAGCUGAUACUCCAAUUCCGAAUGAUAAAAGCAUUGGGUUGGAAGAAAGGGAAAGCAUGACUGUCUAUUCCACGCUGUUUGGUGGUUAUGCUAAAGAAGCCGAUUAUGUGUCUCAUGCAGCCCAGCUACGCUCAGUCCUGGAAGGAACAGCAAACUACCAGACUGAUUUCUACUUCUGUGCUGGAUAUGACCCUCCCAUGAAGCCUUAUGGAAGACGUAAUGAAGUCUGGCUGGUAAAAAAGUGAGUCAAUGACUCACUAGACUCCAGUCUUCCAGGAAAUGGGUUUUUUAAGUUAGUUUAAUGGUUGUAAUUUCUACUGGAGAUUAAACUUUGAAAGGGGAAUGGAGAUACAGAACAUAACUUUCUGCCAAGUCAGUACAAUAUUGUAUUCUUCCAGGUCUUUGGGGCUUGGUUUUUAUUUUUUGUUUUUGAGAUUUCCUUUCUCUGGGUGGGACAUUGUACAACUAAAAUAAAUUGCAUUCCUGUGAUAUCACAUUGCCAUGUCUAUAAUAGGCACUUAAUAAAUGUUUGUUACUGAAUUGAA